UGAAGAAAUGCAAGAAUCAGGCAAGUAGAAAGACUUGUAGAAGCAAAAUGAGCACUGGAACGUGAUAAGCAUAAUACUGUUAGGUGGGUCUGGUCUGGAGCAGAACGCGGUGAAGAUGACAAGGCUUGAUACCAAGGUCCAGUGAGGGAUGAGGAAGAGCCUUAAAAACAGACAAAGUGGGUGGCUGAGGCUGCAUCCGGCGGCGGAGCCAGCACUUCCAGCCUGUUGCUUUACUUUCUGCUGCACCAACACAGUCAUUACGCCGAAGAGAAAGUCUCCAGAGAAUGCAGAGGGCAAAGACAGAUGUAAAGUAACUAAACAGGAGCCCACAAGACGAUCUGCCAGAUUAUCAGCACAACCUGCUCCUCUGAAACCCGAACCCAAACCAAGAAAAACAUCUGCUAAGAAAGAACCUGGAACAAAGCUCAACAGGGGUGCUGAAGAGAAGAGGGAGGAGAAGCAGGAAGCUGGAGAGGAAGGCGCAGAACACGGAAUCUGUAGAGAACAAGGGAGAAAGUAA